AAUCAAAUCAACCCCGAAGCAUCGUCACUAAAAAAAAAACUCAAACUUUCUUUUAAACUCAGCAAUGAGCUCGCGGUAAAAAAAUCUGUUGAAUUGAUUGAUUGUUUGAUUGAUAAUUUGAUAAUGAAUAAUCAAAAAAUUAUAGAUUCCUUGUCCAUUUUAUUUGGUUUAUUAUUAAUAUUAACAUUGUUUAUAUCAUCAUCAUCGUCGAAUAAUCAAAAUGUAAUCAAAAUCGAACAACAUGAACAAAAUAAUGAUUUAAAUAAAAAUGAAAUUAUACUACCAUUGAUUAAAAAUGAAGUUAUAAUUCCACUGAUUAAAAAUAACGAUCAGAUAAAAAAAGAAUGGAAUAUUAGUGAUGAUGGUACCGUUAUACAUAAUGGUGAUCGAAUGAUUUUAAACAGAAAUUAUAAAAUUUUAAUUAAUAAUUUAGAAAAAUGUUCAGAUUUACAAAAUAAUACAAUCAAUUUUUUAAUUAUAAUAUUAUCAAGUGUUAAAAAUUUUGAUCAAAGACAAACAAUUCGUGAAACAUGGGCAUUAGAUUUGCUACAACAAUUAGGUAAUUAUAGAGUUAUGUUUAUGGUCGGUUUGACCGAAUCGAAUGAAACACAAGAACGAUUAAAAUUCGAAAGUCUUAUCCACGAAGAUAUUGUUCAGAUAAAUAUCGUUGAUAGUUUUUAUAAUUUAACAUAUAAAUCAAUUCAUAUGCUUUAUUGGCAUCAAAAUUAUUGUCCAAAUGCCCAAUAUCUAAUCAAAACUGAUGAUGAUAUUUAUUUUCAUAUACCGAAUGUUAUUAAAUGGUUAAAAACUAUUGGAAAUGUUUCCGGAAAUCAUAGCAAUAGUAACCAUAACCGUAAUAAUACAAUAUUCUGUCACCGGAAUAUUUCGAGAAAAAUCCUACGAAAUGCAAAUAUUAAGGAUUUAUUUCUUUACUCAUCGUUUGGUCGACAAAACAACGAUAAACAGCUGAUUGAAAGAUCAAGGAAAAAAUUUCAAAAAUAUAUUGUCGAAUAUAAACAACUUCCAGGUAAUUUAUACCCGGAAUAUUGUUCCGGUUUUGCAUAUGCAAUAAAUAAAUUGAAUGUUGAAAAAUUAUUCAAAGCAAGUAAAACAAUACCAUAUAUUGGUAUUGAAGAUGUUUUCAUUACUGGAUUUUGUCGUGAAAAAAUGAAUAUAACCAUAACGGAUAUUAAACAAUUUCGUUUGAAUCCAAUUGUUCGUCCAAUUGAAAGUCGUUGCAUAUUUGAUCAAUCCGAUAGAAUUACAAGUAAUGAAUUAACGGAUAAUGAUAUGAAAAUAAUGUGGACACAUGUUAAUACAAAAGGAUAUUAUUGUAAAUUUUCUUCCAAUAUUACACAAAACAAAUGA